AAAAACAUCGAAGAUAACCUAGUCGCACGGGCGCUGGCUGUUGCCGCUGCCAACUGAGCCAAGAGGAAGAAGGUUGUCCGGGAAAAAGCGGUGUCAAGAAGAGCUACAGAGAAGCAUAUGCCUGUUGUGGAGGUUUAGAUCUGAAUGUGCUCGAUUGAUUAGAGGGAAGCUGGAAGGUACAAUUUGUUUAUCUUUUCAAGAACAAUGAAAGGCCAAAGCAGUUACGUGCCACCUCGUUAUAUACCCUUGGGGCAGUCAGGGUCAGAGGCAGAGGGUGUUCCAAGUAGUGUUGCUAUCCAUGUUCAACAUCCCCCAAGUGAUGGUCCAGCGCAGUGGUCUUCUGGAAUCUGUGCUUGUUUCGAUGAUAUGCAGAGCUGUAUGCUACUUCCUGCCUUGUGAUCUUGAUUUAUCAGAAGGAAAAUAUUAAUGAAAGGUGCUCUAUGUGUAGUGAAAGAAAUUAAAUGAAUGUUGAUCUUCUGUUCCCUUGUAUUGCCACAUUAAGUAUGGAUUUUGAUAUGCAGUGAUGGAUCAAGAUUACAAGUAGGAUAUAUCUGUAUUACUAUUGAAAUUUGAACGAGCCACAAGCCCAAAAUAAGAGCUCUAAGAAGAGGGGUAGAGAAGAUUAUUGUACAACCCAAAAGAAGCCCCUAAAGAGAGGGAUCCAUCUGGGCUAGGCCUAAUGGGUUACAUUAAAUAUCAUUGCAAAGAAUGACAUUAUAGGAUGCAGAUUAGAUCAUUGAAUGAUAUUGUUUACGAUAUAUUUUAUUGUUUUUUUUGGUAUGAUGGCCACUUAACAAAUUACGGCUAUAAGUUGUCUACUUCAACAUUCUAACUGCCAAAUAGGACACUGUAUAAUCUCAAGAUAUUUAAUUAAGGGUAUUCUUGUAAUUUGUGGCAUAGUUUGAUAUAAUAUAAAUGUAGGUGAUGAGAGGAGAGAUGAGUUAACUUUUAUUCUCCUUAACCCUACUUUUGUAAUCUCUUUCUUAUUUCUUCUCCUCCCAACUUGGUAUCAGAGCGAUGUAUCAGAAAUUUGAAGUCACUAGAAUAUUCAGGAAAGCCUUGGAAGUGUAUUGGGGUCAUUGACAUCAUCGCCUGGAUGAUGAUGUCAUUGCCUGGAUGAUGAUGUCAUGCUGACUUAAGUGCUGGAAGGCCUGACUGAUCAAACUCAACAUGGUUUGGUUCAAGAGCUA